UCAAAAUUCUGUUUCCGUCAUGCCGAGACUUUUAGAAUGCGCAGUGCAGUUAUUGUGUCAGUCGACAGAGGAAAAAAAAAUGACGGUUCCUCUGCGAAUCAGUUCUGCCUCUAACCUUAUUCUGGCGCUAAUUGUUCUACUCGUCCAGUCAAUGAUACUUAAAAGCUACAACCAUUUAAAUAUUACAACAUACUCUCAAUACACCGGAGUUGGAAUCUGGACAGCUUUGCUUUUGGCAUGCAACGGAAUCAGCAUGUUGCUCUACUUGAAACGCAAAUUUUUAUGCGAACCUUCAAAAAUGUUAAGGGGAUUUCGCUCACACUUUCCCACUUUCGCGAAGAAAAAACAACUCAUUCUCUUUCUCAUUUUUUUUUUUUCGAAUAAGAACAGGUACAUGGCUAGUGUAGUUUUAUGUGUCGCAGCUCUAUUAGCUGGAAUCGUAAUGGCUGGGCUGGCGUCAGCGGCUUUCUACGGCCUUUUAUUAAAGUCUACCAAGGAAUCUCCGCUACCUCAGACGGCCUUCGUAUUGGCACAACUAGAUGAUGAGUUUACUUCUCUCAAAGUUUUGGAGGGCACUCUGUUCGGUUGUGGUCUUGCGUCGAUAUUCGUGAACGCCCUUUCCAUAUUAUUUCUACGUUUGAACAGCAAAAUCAUUUCCCAUGAAGCAGUGAUUUCGUCCAGCUCACUUUCGACUUCCAAUGCUAACAGAUAUUAACGCACUACAAGCUGAGAACCAAAAUCAAACUGUCGACCCCACUGAAAAUUGAUGGUUUUACAAAAUUGGCGAUCUUGAUUUGUUGUUACUUCUAGAGAAACGUACGCUUACAGCACUUGCAGCAAAGCUGCUCAUGUAAAAUUAACAAUACAUACUAAUUCGCACGA